AUGGCUCCCAAGAAGAAGGAACAGCAGAAGAUGUCCCUGGGGGACUUUCUGACUGAUUCAGGAUUUGGAGGAGGCUCUUGGGCCGACGAGGUUGAAGAAACCUAUGUGGCUACCGGCACCCAGCCGCUCCCCCCCAGCGACCGGUUUCGCCCUGGUGGUGGAAGUGGCUUGUCGUCUUGGCAGGACCGAGGCUAUUCCGUUCGCGAGAGGUCCCCGGCCCGGUUUCCGGAUAAGCCUCCUUUUACCGCCCAUCUCGGCAACUUGUCCUACGAUGCUACGAACGAUGCCGUUGGCGAGUUCUUCGAGGGCUGCGAGGUCGUCAGCGUCCGCAUCAUCGAGGACCGCGAGCUCAUGCGCCCCAAGGGCUUCGGAUAUGUCGAGUUUGCCAACGCCGAUGGCCUCAAGAAGGCCCUGGACCUCGACGGAGAAUCGUUCCAGGGACGAAUGAUCAAGAUCAAGGUCGCCGAUCCUCCUCGUGGCGGUGAUAGCCGCGGCGGAGAGUCCAUGCGCGACCUCAGCGACUGGACUCGCAAGGGUCCCCUUCCCGACCUUCCCGGCCGCAGCGGCGGUGGCGGUCGCCAGAUGUCUGACUUUGGCGAGCGUCGCCCCCGCGACCCCGCCUUCGAGGGCCGUCCCGAGCGCCCGGCCGCCCGCGAACUGAACUGGGAGCGCAGAGGUCCGCUCGCCCCUAUUGCGCAGGAUGCUCCUGCGCCCCGCGACUCGAGCGUCGGCCCUGACGGUCUCGGCGAGCGCGGCGGUUCGCACCGCGGCCCCCGCGGCGGUGCCGGCGCUUGGGGCGAGGGCCGCCAGGAAGGCUCUCGUCCUCCCCGCCGCGACCUGCCCGAGCAGCGCGAGCGUGUUGUGACGGCCGCCGAGAAGGAUCACCAGUGGCGCGACCGCAUGCGUCCGGACGCCUCCAAGCCCGAGGGUACCUCCCGCGACGGCAGCGAGGCUCCUCCUUCGCCCGCCCUGUCCAAUGCGACCCCCGCGGCCCCGGCCGGUCGCCCCCGCCUGAACCUGCAGAAGAGAACCGUCUCCGAAGCCACGGACGCCGUCGCCACUCCGUCCGGCGACUCCAAGGCCAGCCCCUUUGGCGCUGCCCGUCCCAUCGACACGGCUACUCGCGAAAAGGAGAUUGAGGAGAAGCGACAGCAGGCGCUGCGAGAGAAGCGCGAGGCCGACGAGAAGGCCAAGGAGGAGCGUCGCCAGGCCAAGCAGGCCGCUGCGGCCAAGGCCGAGGCCGAGGAAGGUGACGCCGCCGAGGAGGCCCCCAAGGAGGGCGAGGAGCAGCCUGCCACCGAGAGCAAGGAGGAGGAGGCGGCCGAGGCGGCCGAGACCCAGAACGGAGCGUCGGGCGAGGCCAAGGUCCCGAUCCGGACCCGCGAACCGCGCGAGCCCAAGGAGGUCGUGUCCAACGUCAAGUCGAGAGCUCAGGAGGCUGGCAACUGGCGAUCGGCAUCCAACGAGCAGCGCCGCGGACCGCCCAGCGGACCCCUUGGCGGCCGCGGCGGCGGCGCCCCUCGCGGAGGACGCGGAGACGCACGCAGCCCGCGCGCCAACGGCUCGGCGGCCGCUUCGCCCGACGCGGAGGCGGCUCCUCCGACGGACGAGGAUGGAUGGACGACAGUACCGAACAAGAAGGGACGACAGGGCCGUCCCUUGGCGUCUUGA